AUGCAGCCCGCCAAGGACUCCAGUUGGAUCUGGGGUCACGAACUAAAUAUUUUCAAGGGCGAGGUCUGCGAAUGGUAUCUUCAUUGGGCGAAAACAUGUGGUCAGGUCUACAGAUUCAAAGCCGCGUUGUUUCAGCGUGAUGCGCUCCUCGUGGUGGACAAUGUUGCAGUCGCGCACAUUUUUCAAAACGCUUAUUCGGCUCCGGCCUUCCGGCCUAUCGUCAAAUCUUUUAUUGGACGAGGACUCGUAUGGGCUGAAGACGAUGAGCAUAGGCAUCAACGCAAACUGGUCGCACCAGCAUUCACCCUUAGUGCUGUGAAGGGCAUGGCAGAUGACGUUUUUGAGUGUGCUGGAAAGGUCGUCCAGAAGUUCCAGCGCGAUAUCGAUGCUCAAGGAGGAGCUGCCGUCCUGAAUGUAAACGAUUAUAUGUCCCCUUGCACCCUAGAGGUCGUCGGACGGGUCGGCUUUGGACAUGAUUUCGGUUACGACAAUGAAGACGCAAGGGCUAUUCGAACAUCUUGGCAGCAAGAUGUGGUCCAGGGCCGAAAAUUUCCGAGCUUCCUUCUGCCUAUUCUGAUCAGUCUCUUCCCGUGGAUUCCAAAGCUCCCGAUACCGGCUUUGAAGAACGAUGGCACGAUCAAGGCGAUUACUCUUAGACUGUCGAGUAAUCUGUUGAGGGAACACGUGGAGAACCCCAACCAUCUCGAGGGCAAAGAUAUGUUUUCCCUUUUGGUUAGGGAAUCAUGGGCCAAGAAUAAAAAAGGGACAGGCGAAUAUCUCACCGAUAGUCAGCUGUUGGAAAAUAUAUCCACUUUCUUGAUGGUCGGACAUGAAACGUCCUCCUCAGUUGUCCAUUUCACUCUUUUAGAUUUGGCUAAAAACCCGGAUAAGCAAGCGAAGCUUCGUGAUGAACUACAAAGAUUCGAGGGCGAAUUCGACUACGAGAGCAUCCAGAAGCUUCCUUAUCUUGACGCCGUUGCACGGGAAGGGCUUCGCCUAAACCCUGCAGCUCCCCGAACAGAACGCGUAGCUACUCAUGACGAUAUAAUCCCUCUCAGGAAUCCUAUCAGACUCUCGAAUGGCGAAGUCAUAACGGCGCUUCCUGUCAAGGCUGGUCAGGUAUUCGUCCUUCCUUUCACAGUGAUGAACGUGAACCCUGAUGUAUGGGGGCUGGACGCUCACGAAUUUAAACCUGAACGAUGGCUGACUACGGGUGGAAUUCCACCAGCUGAAGAUCUUCCUCACGGGCCUUGGAGCAACCUUGCUACGUUUUGCGAAGGACCUAGGCUUUGCAUCGGAUGGCGUUUAGGAAUUUUGGAAGUUAAGGUCAUCCUUGCCCUCUUGAUAAGAUCAUUCGAGUUCCACGACACGGGUGCCCUUAUAGAGCGGUUUAUAUCACCUUCCUUACAACCAUUCGUCAAAGGCGAAGCCGGCCAGCUCCCACUCAAGGUUUCUGUAGCUAAGCAUUAA